AUGGAUAUCCCGCAACGGGCUUCACCUGGGAUUUCCAAGAUUUUUCCAACCAACCUGAGGAAUGGUAAACCGACCCUUGAUAUCCCAACUGAAUGCUCCAAGGAUGUCUUUGAUAUAAUGGAUGCCAACGGAGAUGGCCUUGUUUCGAUUGACGAGUUUGCAGAGGGGUUUCUUGAGUUUUGGUUUUCAGAAGAUCCAAAUAACAUCUACAACCAAGCGUAUGGGCCACUCCUUGGGGGAGUUGGUCCACGUUUUGAUGGGAUUGGUUCUCCUCCUCUGCAUUGCACACUCAUGUCACAGUUGAUCAGUAAGAUGCCAACCGACUACCCACUAUUGACUGGAUCAGCACACUGGAAACGAAAAGCUCGAACGAUUUUCCAGCGUUUGGAUGCCAACGCCGAUGGGUACAUGACCAAGGAAGACUUUGUGAUUACUGCUCAGAACCUUAUAGAUUUUUUGGGGGUCAAAGGCGAAAAAGUUGAGCACAUUAUGAACCGACGCCUUGAACUCUGGGCAGCGAUUGCUGGAGACAAAACACGUCUCUCCGAGGAUGAAUACUGUAGCAGCUGUCUGUCAUUGGUGAAUGAAAGACACUUCCGACUGGAGUUAUGCUAUACUUUCAUUUGCACGGAGUUCAAUACGAUUGAUAUCGAUAGUGAUGGGUUUAUAUCCAAGGAAGAGCAUGCUGCUUAUUUUCACAGUGUCAACAUCCCAACUACAUACUCCAAGGACAACUUUGCUAUACUGGACACCGACGGAGAUGGUCUUGUUUCAAUUGACGAGUUUGCUGAAAGUUAUCUCGAGUUUUGGUUGACCGAAGAUCCAAAUAACAUUUACAACCAGAACUAUGGGCCCCUCGUUGAUUGA